AUGCCCUUUGUGCCUAAUCCAGGACAAAGGACCUCCGGUGCCGUGCAGUCUGGCCGGGCCUCCGAAGAAAUUUACACACCCAUUCAGUACCCCGGCGGGCCCAUUCAUGAACCCUGGCCCAUUGACAAUUUGUACCGUAGUACCGCGUACCUUUGUCCGCCUCUUCCCAUUAUACCUGAGCUCGUUUAUCUUCGGGAAUAA